AUGCUUUUUAACAACCUAAUGGAAGGUGAAGCAAUUGCAGCAAAUACAAUCAUAUCAUCCAUAAAAAACCUUAACACCGAUGGAAAAGAUCGUGGCACUAUUAAAGCGCUUUUAAAGAAUUUUAUUUUACCAGAAACAGAUAUGGCUAUCAAACAUAAACAUAGUCUAAGCGAAAAAUGUGUUUACACAGUGCCAAUGAAACCACCAAUGUCACCUUCAUAUCAACGGAAAACAGUGAAUGAAGCGAAGCAAGCAUUUUUAAAUUCCACUCUAAAACAAUCAAAAGGACACGGACAAGCCAGACAAGAACCAACACUGCAUUAUGCACAAAUAGCGAUUACUACUAGUGAUGACACUCGAAGUACAGGUGGGGGAAAAGACGUUAAUGUAAAGCUUAAUCCUAAAGAUAAAUCUAAUCCAAUAGACAUUCCAGCUUCGAUGAAGAAAAGAAUUGAACAGCAACACAGAAAAGUUAGUUUUAAAAUCAAGAAUGCAUCUACCUUACAUCGUCGUCCGCCGAUUGUAACAACAAUGACUAUAACCAGUAACAAAGUUUCAGAAUUAACUAAGAAGUUCAAUGAUUUAGUUAACAAUAGUUCAUCCGGAAUAGUCAAACAAUCAAAAUUAGUUAAAACAUUUGAAGACUUACAGACGGCAUAUUCCGCUAGUAACAGCUCAACACCAUCAUCAACACUAAGUUCCAGUCCAAACAUUAAAAUUGUUGUACAAAGACAUAGGAGAGGUUCAAGAAAACGUAACAGUAGAAAAAGAUGCUCUAGUAUGGAUUCUAUCGAUAAAUUAGUCCUUUCUGACAAUUCCAAUAGCAAAAUUCGCGUGAUACGUUCGAAAUCUGAUGGGAAUAGAAUUCCAAAAUCACCUAAAAAGCGUUUAAAAUAUCCUGAUUCAAAUGGUCAGAGUGGAUCAGACUCUGUUGAUGGCAGUCCAAGUAAAAUAAUAAGUAAAACAGAGAGCCAAAAACAGAGCAAUGUUGUCAAAAGCGCUAUUAAAAAGUUUGAAUGUGAAAUAAAUGCUCAAUCUAAUCAAACGAAUACGUUGCAAAGAAAUCGAGGGGUUGAUGUAAUAACAAAUAAAGAAAAACCAAAAGUACCUGAAAAGAAAUCAUCACUUGUAGUAACAAAAAAUCUUGUACUUAAAGAUGGUGUACCUAAAAUAAAAACAAUUAAACCUGUUCUAGUCGACUUAUCAACUAAACAAGUUGUUAAUAUCACUCAAUCUGAAUCUUUUAAAAAGAAAGAACCAAUAUAUGAUAAGAAGAAAUUUAAAACUAAUUAUAUUCAUUCGGAGAAGUUACCAUUACAUGUAGUUGAAAUUAUACAGGAAGAAGGCAGUGGACCUUCUGUUGCUACUUCAAAUAAUGAUAAUGUAUGUGAAUCUCUUACAAACAAAGAAGAAAAACUACAACUAGAAGACAUUGAAAAUUCAAUAACGCCUAAUGAGUCAUUUCUCUGGAGGCGAAAAAGUAUCCAAAUGUAUUCAGAUUGUGAUAAACCAAAUUCUGAAAAUUCUUAUGGAUUUGUAAGUAUUAUAAUGAAUGAUUCGUCUGGAUCAUGUACUGAUGAACAACCAAGUACCACUUUGCAAAAAGAUGAAUCUCAACCGAGUGAUAAUUCUGAAUCUCAAAUAAUUGAAAUUAAUCAGUCUCAGAACGCUUCUGACUUCGAAAGUAAUUUAAUAGAGGCUUAUAACAGAGAAGUGUUAGUCGGUUUUACUUCAAAACCUCCAAAAGACGAGGUGGAAGAUGACUAUGAAAUUUUAGAACCUCGAGACGAUAACGUUGUAGUUGUCACAGUCAAGAGCGAUAGAGUUUCAAAAAUAAAUUGUCCCCUUCCAGAAAUUCCAAAAGUUGAAGAAAGUCCGCCCGUAGAAAAUAUAUAUCAAUGCCUUUUAGAAAUGAGGUCACAUCCAGAAGGCGACGAAAGCAGUCUUCAUAAUUAUGAAACAUGUGGUAGUCAACUUGAGGAAAGAACUAGGGGAGAUGGUGAUAGUGAUGAUGGUUACGAGUAUUGUAAGUCUCCUGUUAAACCAUAUUGCCAUGCGUCUAGUUCUGGAAUUCAAAUCGCUGAAAAUUAUAACCCAUAUGCAUCUAACAAUAAGAACUAUUCCAUAACGAAAUCUGUCAGUGGCGCUUCAACAGUUAGUUACGAGAAAAUAGGUUCCGAUAGAAUCUAUGAGCGCAUACCGCCUCGUCCUCCAAAAUCAAAGGAAAGCAGUCCAAAAAAUAAAAGAGAUUCAAUAAUAUCAGAUUACAAUGAAACUGAAAAUAUUUACGAUUCCAUCAAGCAUCCAGAUGGUGUAUCUUUAUCGCAUUGCUAUGAGAGCAUACCCAAUAGCCCAAGCAUGAUUAAACUGAAUACCGUGAAAAAGCAAUUGCCUUCAGCUGUUCAGAAACGUCUUUCUUUUGAUAACGUAUCAAACAUAAGCCAAUCCACUGUAUCAAGUGAGCAAAAGACAAACAGUAUUUAUGGCCAAAGAUCUGUCUUAAGUUAUAAUGGACAGGAGGUACUCUUCCAAGUACCCAGUAGCGAGACCAGCGUUAGUGAUCGAAGCGACAGGAGUGAUGACUGGGUAGACAUAUCUGAUGAGGAAAAGACUGAAGAAAAGAAGAUUAUCAUUGUCCAAGAAAGGAGCCGUAGGAAGGGCCUCGCAUGGUCUCAGAAAGUGAGACACCAAUGGCAAAAUUCUCCUAAACAAAGCGAAAACAAAGGUGCGCCCACGCAGGCGCAUACGGAGGGAGAGAACGUCAACGCGAGUAGGCCCUGCGCUGCGCUAGCGAACGGACGCGUCGUCGGUGCUCCGAGAGUGAAAGUGAUACAAAAAUUCCUCAAACACGAAAUCCGUUUUCAGAAAGUCGUCUGUGUCUCGAAAACCUGA